AUGGCGCCUAAAACGACGACAGCUAGGCCCUCACUUUCGACGCUCUCGGUGCGUGUCACAGGUUUUGAAUUCAUGUACGCAUCAUUCCAUGCGUACACUACGGUUGUAACAGUACAAGGCGCCAGUUGGUCGUUAGGUAUUCGCUAUAGCAAGUUCCUGAGCUUUUAUGAGGCGCUUAAAGCCACCGAACGGAGCUUCAAAUUUGAUUUUCCGCCGAGAGGUGGCAUCUUUUCAAAGCCCAAGCCCGAGGAUCGUCAGGUGCGACUAGAUGCGUUUUUGCAGGCUGUCACCAAGUUUUACCAGGUUAAGAAGCAGCCUCCAAAUGUUGCCAAAUUGCUGUGUGAAUUCCUGCAAGUGGAUCGAAACUACACCAGAGCCAACAAGUUUCAGAUUAAACGAAAGAACACGGAGACACCGGCUGCGAAGGUAGUCAGUGUGAGCAAAGCCACGCUUUCGGAAAUGGCCGAGGAUGGCAAGAUGGCACAGGUAAAUGUUGCCACCGUCGUUAUCGCAGGUAAAGACAGUGCCGUAGAUGCUACGAAAGGCGACAAAAACGAUCUAGAGAACAAGUAUGAAGAAAAGAAGUCUGAAGAUAACGAGGUGAGAGGUCAGAUCGUUGGAGAAAGCAAGAUCGAGAAUAAGAAGAAGACCGAGGAGACGAAGGAUACAGAGAACAAGAUCGAAAAGAAGAAUGAAGAGAACAAGAUCGAAAAGAAGAUUGAAGUAAUCAAGGCCGCUGAACAGUUGGAGAAAGAGGAAAAUAUUGCGAACGAGAAGAAGGCUAGUAAACAGAAAAGCGAAAUGGAGAAGGAAGAGAUGCCGGAAGAGGCUAAAAUCACGGUAGAUGAGACAUUUCAAGCGGAAAUUGAAGAGGUCAAACCCGAGCAAAACGUUGAGGAGUCCAAGGUAGAGGUAAAGAACACUUGGUUAGGAAAGGAGGAAGUAGCGAAGACAUCCGAAAAUGUGAGCAAGGCACAGGAUGCACUUAUGAGCAAGGAAAAGAUGGAUGAGGAGAAAAAGAUUGAAACCGUCAAGUUCGAAUUAGUGAAGGACUAUGUCGAAGAAGAGACAUUGACCAAGACCGAAGAUGCGUUGAUUGCUGGUGCGACAACAACUACGACGACCAUGACAACCGCUAUGGGAUCAACCGUAGUGGAGACGAACGUAAUCAGCCAGCCAUCAGCUAAUAAAACGGUGGUGGACAAAACAGUUACAAUCACGACCAAGUCGGACGACGAGCAUUCUUUCAAGGUAGAAAUGACCGAAAAUAAGGCGUCCGUAGUGACACUCAUGUCAGCGCUCGAGCAAGUGGUAGAUGAUGAGCUCAAACAGAAGAAAAAGAAACGCAGCGGCCGCAGGAAAUCCGUGUCUAGUGCUCCAGCUUCAACAGGAUCAACAUCAACUGAUGGCUUUGAAUCACCAGAUGGUGUGGACCAACUGGGUUGCGUCACGGAUCCCUCCCUAACGGAAGCACAGAAGAAGGCGCGUAACCAACGCCGUAAGGAGAAGCGGAAGAAGAACCAAAAACGGCUUCAAUCCUCGGACCUGAAGCAGUAA